AUGGCGAUGAUGAUGACCGGCCGUGUGCUGCUGGUGUGUGCCCUCUGCGUGCUGUGGUGCGGUGUAUGUACGGUAGCGGCGGCCGAUACUGGCGGUGUCGAAAUGGAAAGGGCAGAAGGAUCCGAGAGUUUACCCUCUGGACCUUCCGACGGUGAUGGAGGGAAACAGGAAUCGGAGGGUUCAGUCCGCCAAGUGUCCGACACCGCAAAUGAAUCGUUGGUGGCAGUAGAUGGAAAGAAUUCUAAACAGCAGGAUGGUGUGGUCAUAACAACACCAACAAAACCUGAGAGGACGAGCGGAGGAACGGAAACAGAAGAAAUUAAACGUAAAGAACAAAAAGAGAACCCUGAAAUUCCAAAUAAAGAUGACAAGACAACGCAAUUAACAUCGAGACCAAAAGAAGAAGAAGAACCGUCCGCUGAACGAGGAAAAGCACAAGGAGCUGCCCUACCAGGAGCAUCACCAGGAGUACCAUCACGAGCACAAAAUGGGAACUCAGCAGAAGAUUUAACCGCAACACCAGGGGAAGAAAGAGCCCUUCUUGAAGAUCAUUCCGACCAGCCACAAGGAGGCAAAACUCCAGCAGACGGAUUGGCAGCAGAAAUGCCAUCAAGGGAAAAAGGGGAAGCCCGAGACGCAAUACCAUCACCACCUGCAAAAAAUGAAAAAACAGAAGGAGGUUUAAGGGCAACAACAAAUACUGAAAAAAACAACCUUGAGAAUGCCGCUUCCGUGCAAAAAACAGAAAUUCUCCUGGACGACGAGGAGGCAACAAGCAAUCAACGAAAUGAAGGCCUUGCAUCCACCACCGGCAACCAAGAGGGUGAACCAUCGGACGUUCAUGCCGAAUUGACACCACCAACAAUCUCAGCUGCCAGUAAUGCUGCCAAUGAAGACGCUGACACGGAUACUGAUAAAGGGAUUCUGAAUAAUGAUUUAGCCGCUGGUGGUGGAGCGACCGAAGGAGCACAACAAGAUGAAAAAAAAGAAAGAGCGGAAGAAACAACACCACUCAAAUCUGUCGCUAUGAUAAAUGAAACAGCAACGGUUGGCGACAGUGACAGCAGCACCGCUGUCUCCCACACCACCUCCCCUCUUUUGCUUCUUCUUGUUGUUGCGUGUGCGGCUGCGGCUGCGGUGGUGGCCGCGUGA